AUGGACACAGAAGACACGGUUGACUUCGUGACGCAGCUUAUACAACAUACGAUGCGCCUGCAACAACUGAGGAUCGAUGCUAAUUAUGGCGACCACUCGACAACUCUUAUGUCUCGCUUGUUUCCCACCCCACCCACCCUUAGCUUACGUGAAUUGACUUUGGAAACCGCUCAGAGCUUGGCCAAUGUGUCGUUCGCUGCUAUCCACCUCGACUCAGGGGAGUGGGCGUCUGUUCUACGCGCCCUUUCCAAAUUUCCGUCGCUGACUGAAAUUUCCACAUAUAUGCUCGGUCAGGCAGGAUCUCCGAGAAUACACUUUCCUGUAGUGCUGCAAGAUCCUAUCGUUGACCCAGUGCUGGGGACAAAAUUCUCGUACACUGUCAAAAAGCUUCGACAAGGGCAGAAGACCCCGACGGUUGCCCAGUAG